CUGCCAACAGCUGGUAGCAGAAGAAGGGGAGGCCUGCCCAGGCCAGGGGGCUGGGGAGCAGAACCUGAGGCUCUUACCCUCACAGGAGAAGAUCAACAAGAUGAAGGCUAAUGAAGCCAAGCUGGAGAGUGACAAGCGGAGGCUGAAGGAGAUCCUGGAUGCUUCUGAGAGCCGGGCCACCAAGCUGGAGCUGCUCCGGCACUCCUUGGAGGGUGAGCUGCAGCGCAGCCGCCUGGGGCUGGGGGACCGAGAGGCCCAGGCCCAGGCCCUCCGAGAGCGGGCAGAGAACCUGCAGAGACAGCUGGCAGACAGCGAGCUGAAGGCCGGAUCCCUGCAGUUGACCGUGGAUCGGCUAAACAUAGCAUUGUCCAAGGCGGAAGACAACGAGACGGCCCUCAAAGAGAAGCUUCAGAGCCUGUCGGCCUCCCUGGCGGGGAACAACUGCGCCGUGACCUUGGCUCAGGACAAGAUCGUGAAUCUCCAGAAGUCCCUGACGGCCAGCGAACAUGACCGCAGGGUCCUCCAGGAGCGCUUAGAUGCUGCCCGCCAGGCCGUGACAGAGGCCAAGAAGCGGAGCAGCUCCCUGGGGGACCAGGUGCAGACCCUGCGCAGUGAGCGGACGGAGCUGGAGCUCCAGAAAACCGACCUGGAAGGCCAGCUCCAGCAGCUGCAGGAGGGCCUGCAGAAGAUGAAGGAGGAGAAGCAGCAGCUGCAGGAGCGCCUGACCGGCUUGCAGAAGUCCCUGGCCCAGCUGGAGGGUGAGAAGCGGGAGGCCGAGCGGGAGGCUCUGCGCCUAGAGAAGGACCGGGCUGCCCUCAAGAGGACUCUAGAUAAGGUGGAGCGUGAGAAGCUGCGUAGCCACGAGGACUCCAUUCGGCUGAAUCAUGAGAAGGGCCUCUUGGACCGCUCGCUCACCGGGGCCGAGCAGGAGCUCACAGAGGCCCAGAAGCAGAUCCAUCAGCUGGAG